GACUGAAGGAGAAUCUCUACUUGAAACAGCUCCAGCAGCAGUUUCCAGAGUUAGGAUUCUUCCGAGACACGGACGAGCAAACGAAGGCUUUGCUAAGGCAAACCUUAGCCCGACUCUUGGCCGUCUACUGGACAGCCACGGAUCAGCCAGAGGCCUUCACGCGCGGGCAGGACAUCGAGCGAAAGCUUUCGGACAACUCCUGGUCCAAGAUCCGCGAGCUUACCCAGAACUCCCUCGAGAGCGGCGAGGUGUUCAAUGCCGUAUGGACGGUUAUGGCAGUGAUGGACGUAGCAAGGCUGCCAAAGUUCCGAGUUCAACUUGCACCAGAUUGCUCGACGCCCACGCAGGUGCUAAAUCAUGUCCUGAGCAACUCGCCGAAGGUCUUGCCUUCCUUCGUCCGUAUGCCGCAGGAAGCGCAAGCCCUUGCAAGGGACUGCCUUGUCUCGGAGUUUAUCUUCGCAGAGUUCAUCUGGGCGGAGAUCCCACCUGCAAGUGUCACGGCUGUGAAGCGCAUGCUUUCCGAUUCGCGGGCCGGCCUUACAAGCAA